AUGAUGUGGUUAGCUGUCUUCUCCCGCCAGCAGAGUCACGUGAGACUGUGUCACAGCAUCCGACUGUUGUCUACAUUCAGGUACGAAGACAUGCAGAUCACACUGACAGACAAGCCAGCCAGAAAGCCAGACAAUGACAAGCUAAAAUUUGGUGCAAACAUAUCUGACCACAUGUUAGAAAUUGACUGGACUGAACAACAUGGCUGGGGCUGUCCCCAGAUUAAACCCGUGGAGCCACUGAGAAUACACCCAGCUGCCAAAGUUCUUCAUUAUGCUACAGAGCUGUUUGAAGGCAUGAAAGCAUACAGAUGUGUGGAUAAUAAAAUCAGACUGUUUCGCCCAAUGGAAAACCUUAAUCGAAUGGCAACUACAGCACAAAGGACGGCUCUUCCUGAGUUUGACAAAAUAGAACUACUGAAAUGUUUGAAAAAACUGAUCAGUAUCGAUCAAGAAUGGGUGCCAUAUUCUCAAAGAUGCUCCUUGUACAUCAGACCUACAUUCAUUGGCACAGAGCCAACAUUAGGUGUCUCAUAUUCAAACCAAGCUAAACUGUUUGUGAUCAUUGGACCUGUAGGACCUUAUUUCCCUACUGGAAUGAAGCCUGUCAGUCUCCUGGCUGACCCAGCUUAUGUCCGUGCCUGGCCAGGCGGCUGUGGCAUGUUUAAGAUGGGAAGCAACUAUGCACCAACGAUUAAAAUUCAGGAGAUAGCUGUGAAAAAAUACAACUGCCAGCAGGUGUUGUGGUUGUUCGGUGAUGAUCAUCAGAUGACUGAGGUUGGAACUAUGAACCUGUUUGUGUACUGGAUCAAUGAAAGUGGAGAGAAAGAGUUGAUAACUCCACCAUUAGAUAGUGGGCUGAUUCUUCCAGGCAUUACACGCAAGUCUUUACUUGAGCUGUCCAGACAGUGGAAUGAAUUCAAAGUCUCAGAGCAAGUCAUCACAAUGGCCAGGUUUGUCAAGGCAUUAAAUGAAGGCCGGGUUCAAGAAGUAUUUGGUGCUGGCACAGCUUGCAUUGUCUGCCCAGUGAACAGGAUAUUGUACAAGGGGCAGGAACUGAACAUACCAGCCUCAGAUGACCCCAGCAACCUGACACAGAGAUUCUACAAAGAGGUCAAUGACAUUCAUUUCUAUCGAAAAGCCAGUAGCUGGAUGGAGGCUGUCGAAGAAAAUGAGGAGGAACCGCUUCGCACAUACGAGACUCAGUGA